AUGGGGAGCAGGGUGCUGGGAGCUGCUGCUCUGCUCUGCCUGGUGGAUGCUCUCCAUGCUUUCGCCAUCGAGGAGAAGGGGGAUGUGUUCAAGAGGACGCCCUGUCCCGCCUUCCUGCUCUUUGUCAACACUGCCUACCUGGCUGACAUGACCUUCGAGCUGCCCUGCAACUGCAAACCCCAGGAGGUCUCCUCUGUCAUCUGGUACUUCCAGAAGACCAUGGGCAGCCAACAAACCAGGGUCCUGACCGACUUUGCCGGCACGGUGGUUGUGGACUCGGGCCAGGUGCGGGCGGGCAGCGACGUCCUGAAGCGUUUCAGCAUCCGCAUGUUCAGCCUCAUCGUGUUCAAAGCUCAGGUGAGCGACUCGGGUCACUACCUCUGCGGCACCAAGGACGGGGACUUCUUCUACGGCUACGACGUGGACGUGCAGCCCAGCAGGGACAUCACGGUGGCUUUUGUGGACAGAGGCCAAUACGUCCAGAACGACUACGCGGGGGACUUCUUCAACCUCUUCACCACCUUCUGGGACUGGACGCGGUGCGACCGCUGCGGGGUGCGGGGGGAGCAGCGCCGGAUCGGGCUCUGUUACCUCCACAGCCCCCGGCUGCACCCCCGCUACCGCACGGCCCUGCCCAACGUCACCUCCUGCGGCUCCAGGGCCGUGCUGCCCCCUCUCCACGACCCCCUCAGCCUCCACAGGCCCGAGGUGGCCAUCAGGAGCUGCCUGACGCCCUGCCCCAGGACGGAGGUGCCCAAGGAAGGGGUCCUGGCCAUCUCCAACGUCAUCGCCAAGCUGGGCCGCAAGCCCUGGCUGCCCCGCGUCCCCACGCAGUUCCACAGGCAGGACGCGGGCACCGCCCUCACCAUCGCCUGUCCCGGCGCCCGCCCCGAGCACGCCGUGGCCUGGGACAAGGACCAGACCCGGCUCUACCGCUCCCAAUACCUCAUCGGGGUCAACAAGAGCAUGAGGGUCUUCAUAGACCAUGGGAACCACCUGCACAUCCAGGGGCUCCGGGCCAGGGAUGGAGGCACCUACUUCUGCUGGAGGGAGGGGAAGAUGGUGGCCGGGUUCCGGCUCAGGGUCACCCAAAUCUCCCGGCGCCGCCGCACGCUCCACGACCCCGAGACCAUCUACGCCCUGCGGACCAUCGGCAUCGGCUUCCUCAUCAUUGGCUCCAUCUUCAUCUUCAUCCACCUCUGCCUCUACUGGUGGCGGCUGCUGAAGGGCCCUGCCAGAACAUAG